GUCAUCACCCUUCACGGAAGUCAGCACUAUCGAUGGUGGCGGCCUCAUCAGCCUAGCAGCAGGAAGAGGAUGUUUGCUUCCAGUGACAUGCUAACAUCAACCGAUUAAAAGCCUUUAGGGCAGAGCAAACCGUCACCGGGGGCUUUUUCUGCGGAGUCUGCCGGGACUGUACGGCGCAUUCCCCCGCACCCGGACCCCUGUGAGUCUGAAGCAGGGCGCUGGAUACAAAAUGUCCCUGUUCCAGUCGGCACUGGAUUUCCUAGCCGGGCCCGGCUUGUCCGGAGCGGCCGGCCGGGACCAGAACGACUUCGUCGGACAGGUCGUGGAGCUCGGUGACAUGAAACUGCGGAUCAAGAGGGUGAUCGCGGAAGGUGGAUUUGCUUUUGUGUAUGAAGCCCAGGACAUGAGCAGUUGUAGAGACUAUGCCCUCAAGAGGCUGCUGUCCAACGAGGAAGAGAAGAACAAAGAAAUCAUACAGGAAGUCUGCUUCAUGAAAAAGCUGUCGGGUCACCCCAACAUGGUCCAGUUCUGCUCCGCGGCUUCCAUCAGUAAGGAAGAGUCUGACACCGGACAGGCCGAGUUCUUGAUCCUCACCGAGUUGUGUAAAGGUCAGCUGGUGGACUUUAUAAAGCGGGUGGAGCAGAGGGCUCUCCUGUCAUGUGACACUGUGCUGAAAAUCUUCUACCAGUCGUGCCGCGCCGUGCAGCACAUGCACAAACAGAAGCCGCCAAUCAUACACCGGGACCUCAAGAUUGAGAACCUUUUGAUUAGUAACCAGGGCACCAUCAAGCUCUGUGACUUUGGCAGCUCCACCACGGUGUCGCAUUACCCCGACUACAGCUGGUCGGCACAGAAGAGGUCCAUGGUGGAGGAUGAGAUCACAAGGAACACCACUCCAGCGUACCGAACGCCAGAGAUGAUCGAUCUCUACUCCAACUUCCCCAUCAAUGAGAAGCAGGACAUCUGGGCCCUGGGAUGCAUCCUCUACCUGUUGUGUUUCAAGCAGCACCCGUUCGAAGAGGGGGCCAAGCUGCAAAUCGUCAACGGAAAAUACUCCAUCCCUCAGAACGACGUCAAGUACACUGUGUAUCACAACCUCAUACGUUCCAUGUUGAAGGUGAACCCAGAGGAGCGUCUGUCCAUUACAGAGUUGGUGAACCAGCUCCAGGAGAUAGCAGCAGCACGCAACGUCAACCCCAAGUCCCCCAUUACCGAGCUGCUGGAGCAGAACGGAGGUUUUGGCAACAACGGAGCCCAGCCGCCCAUGCAUAUCCACAUUGUCCAGAACAAUUCAGCAUUCUCUCUUCCCCCCCCCAUGAUGCCUGUAGGCGUAUACGAUCCUGAUCAGUCGGGCAGCGGCCUCAUGGAUAUCUUAAGGGGCGGAACGGAGCGCUUCCUGACCAACAUAAAGGACACUUCCUCUAAGGUCAUCCAGUCAGUAGCCAGCAACCCAAGCUACGCCAAAGGGGACCUAGAUAUUUCAUACAUCACCUCCAGAAUAGCAGUCAUGUCUUUCCCAGCAGAGGGGGUGGAGUCGGCGAUAAAGAACAACAUUGAGGACGUCCGUCUGUUCCUGGAUUCACGUCAUGCUGGCCACUAUGCUGUCUACAACCUCUCCAAACGAUCCUACAGGCCUUCUCGGUUCCACAACAGGGUUUCAGAGUGUAACUGGCAAGUGCGCCGUGCCCCUAACCUCCGCAGUCUCUACAGUGUGUGUAAGAACAUGCAUCUCUGGCUCAAACAAGACCAGAGGAACAUCUGCAUAGUGCACUGUCUGGACGGCAGGGCAGCGUCGGCGGUGGCAGUUUGCUCCUUCCUGUGUUUCUGUCGCCUUUUCACCACAGCGGAGGCUGCCGUCUACAUGUUCUCAAUGAAACGCUGCCCGCCUGGCAUAGCACCCUCACACAAGAGGUAUAUGGAGUAUAUGUGCGACAUGAUGGCAGAGGAGCCCAUCGUCCCCCACAGCAAGCCCAUAAUCAUUCACUCCAUCGUCAUGACACCCGUGCCGAUGUUCAACAAGCAGCGCGCCGGCUGCCGGCCGUUCUGCGAGGUUUACGUUGGAGACGAGAGAGUCCUCACCACGUCGCAGGAGUACGACAAGAUGAAGGAUUUCAAGAUGGAGGAUGGAAAAGCGGAGAUUCCCCUCAAUGUGACGGUCCAGGGAGAUGUACUGGUGGUGAUCUACCAUGCCAGAUCUACACUGGGAGGGCGUCUGCAGGCCAAAAUGGCAUCCAUGAAGAUGUUUCAGAUCCAGUUCCACACAGGCUUCGUCCCCAGAAAUGCGACCACUGUCAAGUUUGCCAAGUAUGACCUGGAUGCCUGUGACAUCCAGGAGAAGUACCCGGACUUGUUCCAGGUCAACUUAGACAUCGAGGUGGAACCCAGAGACAGACCCAGCAGCAAAACCCCUCCCUGGGAGGGCUUUCAAACCAAGGGCCUCAACCCCAAAAUCCUUUUCUCCUCUCGUGACGAGCAGCAAGAGAUCCUCAGCAAAUUUGCCUUACUCGCUACAGGUAAGCCCGAGCUGCCUCGUCAGCCAGGUUCCUCUGCAUUUUAUGACUCUGAGUCGCCCCAGCCGGCUCAGACCCCAGAAGUCUCUAAUGCGACAGAACCAGAAUCCCCUGUGAGCACCGAUGGCAACGCCAACAACUUUUUCCAGACACUGGAUUGGGAAGAUGUGAGUGGCGCUCAGGAUGCCUCAGACAGUCAAGGAGGGGGAUCCAUGAAUGACCCGGAGGACCUAAGUGAUCAAUCGGAUGGAGAGUCCUACUCUUAUUCCGCCCCAGGUGGGGAGCCACUGUCACGUGACCCCAGCGAACCACUGUUUGAUGCUGACUUCCAGAGCUCCCCUCCUGCAGCCCAGGAAUCGCCUCUCGGGGACACAGCUGACCUCCUGGGGUUGAACGCUGACCCUUCCAUGUCCUCAACCUCCUCCUCUGCUCCUCAUCAAGGAGUGCAGGGAGGACUGAAACCGGCAUCCAGCAACAGCGACCUCCUCAACGACCUGUUUGCGCCCCCUGCUGGUCAGACAGGAGCAGUGCAGGACGACUUGUUCUUCAGUGGGCCGGCCACAUCAGACUCAAAAUCCAUGGGCGACCUGUUUGAUCCAUUUGGCAUGGCGUCCGGCUCCGGCGUUGACGCCACUGUGGGUUCAUCUCGGCAGGACUCUGGACCGGACCUGUUUGGAGACCUGUUGGGUUCUGAUAGUUCAGCUCACAGUAACCCUGCUCCUGCUUCAAACACAAGCCUCUUCAACCUCAAUAAACUAGUGAAUAAUGUCCCUAAGAUGACAUCAUCAGCCAGCCAACCGGACCUGCUGGGAGGAUGGGACAGCUGGGCAGCUGGCACCACGGCUAGCAUGAGCGCCACCGCCAGCAAACCCAGCUACACCAACACAGCUCCCGGCGUUGCAUCAUUGUCGAAGGCCAAGUCUCAGACCUUUGAUCCCUUUGCUGACCUCGGAAACCUGGGUUCCAAUUUACCAGGUUCCUCCGCAAAAGCUUCAUCCUCCUCUGCUAAACCUCAAGGCCAGCCCUGGCAGGCCGGAAGACCCACCUCAGCCCAGAGCAAAGCUUGGAUGGCCGGAUCGGGACCCGGGACGGCACCUAAAGCCUCCUCUGCCUCGCAGUCUGCAGGCGCGCUGCCCACCAAACCCAACUACAACCUCAACUUCACUAGUGUCAUCGGUGGGAGAGAGGAAAGAGGAGCUCGUGGGCCUGGUUUCGGCCCCAAGCCGAAGGUCAAGGUGGAUGAUUUUGAGGACCUGCUGUCAACUCAGGGCUUUGCCUCUCGGCCUGAUAGGAAGGGACCAAGGACCAUCGCUGAAAUGAGGAGACAGGAGCUCACGAAAGACAUCGAUCCACUUAAAUUACAGAUCUUGGACUGGAUCGAGGGGAAGGAGCGCAACAUCCGAGCGCUGCUGUCGACUCUGAACACUGUGCUGUGGGAGGGGGAAACCCGCUGGAGGCCUGUGGGCAUGGCUGACUUGGUGUCACCUGACCAGGUGAAGAAGUACUACAGGAAGGCUGUGCUGAUCGUCCACCCGGAUAAGGCAACAGACCAGCCUUAUGAACAUUACGCGAAGAUGAUCUUCAUGGAAUUGAACGACGCCUGGUCAGAGUUCGAGAACCAGGGUUCCAAAGCACUCUUCUAAAACCCUGGUCUGGAUCCCAGCUAAACCAGACCAGACCAAACCAGACCGGACCGGAACGGACUGGAUUUGGCCUAACCAAACAGGGGUUAGACUGGUUCCAGAUUGGACAGGACUGAGCCCACAUUGGGCCUUAGCCUCUGAGAGGUGUCCUCUCUACCAUUCCCUUCACUCCCUCCUUUUACUUUCUUCUGUUUCUACAAGGAAGAAGACCUUUUUGCCUCAUUGUCCGGCUGCUGGGGGAACUUCCUCACUGGUUCAUAAACAGCCAGUAAAAUAAACAAUGUGAUAGUUCUUAAACUCACUGCCUACCUGUACAACUGCCUGAGUGGUGCUGCAAACAUCUGGAGGGAAGGAUGGGUGACAAUCACAUGAAGGAGACAGAAUGGGAAAAGAAAUUAGAAUAACUGAUUGAUACGCCGAUUAUCUUUGACGGUGGUAUUCGGAUAAAAAUAUUCCAUGACCCCACACAAAUACAAUGCUGGUAACAUUUGUCUGUGCCUGGCACAAAACAACCAGUCAUUUUGCUGACUGAACAUAGCUGUACAUUUUUUCAGCAUGCCAGACGAUCUGGAAGUAUUGUUUUUAAGCUUCGUUGCCUCAAAGAAUAGUGAAUGUUGCAGAUGAAUCAUAGAGUAAACCAGCCACAGCAACCGAUGGACACAAAAAAAAAAAGAAUCUUCCCUUAAAAUCUCCCCGAGGAUUUUGAAGAUAUAUAUCUGUUGAUAAUACCCAUUAAUUAUUUGGAGUGCUACUGCUGCACCUUUUUGGGUCAACGGUUGGGUUUGUUGUAGACCAUUUCCACUUCAGAAAGACAAGACUAUUGCCUGCUGAACACUACUAGUGCUGCUUCUACCGUUACAGUUCCUGCUACUCACACGCACACACACACACGCACACGCACAAGCACACACACACACACACACACACUCCUCAGAUUGAUGUUUAAACCUGCAUCCCAAGCUUCUGACUUCUGACAAAGGAGCUGAACUGGUUUUGAUGCCCCAUAUAAACCUGAGCGGGCCGUCUGUUGUUUUUGAAGUGCUCUUUUAAUUCCACCCACUCGGCUAUACUGUGUAGCUAACUGCAUGCUCUCCCACACCAAACCUCCAACCAACAGUGGGUCGGUGUGUUUGAUUUUCAAACCAGGGUAGUCCAAAGGGGCGGGCGCUCUUUUAUUGAAGUGCUCUUUCUUUCUUUUUCUAGUAGCAGAAGCAUAACUAGUCUACCGGCCUGAUUACGCUGGACGGCAGCGCUCACACUGCUCCAUCAUCAGUCAUUAACCCCUCCCCUUUGUCUCUAUAAGCCCCACCCCCUCAGCGUCUAGUUCAGUGGACAUUUUUACGUCGGUGCAUAGGAGGAGAUUACAAAUUGAAGGAAUGAAAAGAGAAUACAACGCUUAGUUUUACUCUUUCUUGUGUUUUUUUUUUGUGUGUGUGUUAUUUUUUUGGGGGGUGUUCAUUCCAAACUUUGCGCUUUUGUCAGUAAAUCAUCACUUCAGUGUAAAUAUAAAAAAUAUUAUCAUCCAUCAAGUGGCUUUGUUAAGAUUACAGCAGGGGUUAUUGAUGUGUUAUCGACUGUGUGAAUGCUUGUGUGUAUGCGUGUGUUUCUUUGGGGGAAGAUAAUGAAACUUUGUUGGACAUCAUGCUUUCCUUGUCUGCAAUCACAAUCUUUUAUUUCUUAAUUUAAUUAUUUUCCGCCUCUCCCACGCUUCAAACUAAUCUUUCCACUUUUUUUAUUUUACAUUUUACCUCAUGGACCAAUCAAAUCACCCGUUUUCUUAUUUAUUAUGUUUUUUUUGGGGGGGGGGAGGGUUGCAGGUUAUAAUGACAUGUAUUCAUGCAUAUUGAUGGCACAAGUGAAAAUGUUCAGAUAAUAUAUAAGAGGAAUGUUUUGAGUGAAAGUUGGGUUGAUCACAGUGAGGCUCUUUGUUGCUGUUUUCAUUCCAAAGCAUUUAUAAUUACCAAUUUGCUUUUACAAAAAUAUCCCCUCAUUAGGUGUUGUUUAUUUGUCUCUUCAAUCUGUCUUUUUUUUCUUCUUCUUUUAUGUCCUCUCGCUUCUGUUUUGCAUUUAGUUAAAAUUCCAACACGAGGGGCCAGUAAACCUAAGUAAGAAAAAAAAUUAAUAAAGUGAUGCUUAAAAUUCUCUGGCAGUAUCAUAGUAUAAAGAGGGAGGAUUGCAAAACCACACAUCAGCAGUGUUUUCUGCACCAAAUUACAUCAUAAUAAUAUGAAUGUAGAUUUCAAUGCAAAAACAAAUUAAAAAACCUUUUGAUUUGAGGCAGA